UUAACAAUGAAUAUGAUUAUUGCUUUACAUAAGGUCAAAAUGGGUAGAUAAAGAAUGCACUAUUAAUUAACAGUACAUUGUAUCUUAUAUGAGAGCUUACUAGCUAGCACUCCCACUACAGAACUGCUAACUGUUAUUGUGCUCAGAUUGUGGAAUGAAUAUUAAAAGUGAUGCCUAGGCUCAACAUCAACGAUUUGAAGAAACAAACGAAAGUAUCAGACGAUCAAUUGGGACAAGAAUGCCAGAAAAAACACUUGAAAAAAAUUACACAGGAUGUCGAAAACUAUCCUCAAUUUGCCUCUAAAUUUGACUUGCCCCCUGAUGUCAAAGCUGAAAUUGACACUGAUAAUAAAUUGUUGUAUGGCCAAAAAACUGAGAAAGUUUUCCUGUGGUGGAGAAAAAAUAGCGGAAAUUCUACUUACUUGACGUUUGUGCAAGCAUGCCUCGAGCUUGGCCAAGGGGAUAUAGCACGCAAAAUGUGCAAAAUGUGUAAAGAUCAGUAUAGUGAUGUUGAACCUAUUGCAGUAUUGCAGAAUAAGUAUACGUAUACUAUUGCCCAGCCAACCUCUGAAUCUGGAAGUAUUUCUCCACCAGUUUCACAGACCCUAGGCCUUCAACAACGCAGUACCGUACGCGACAAAAUCUCAGUACCGUCUGAUCGAAACACCGAAGUCAAGGAGACAACCUCUAAAUCUGCAAGUACUUCUCUGCCAGUUCGCCCAGUUGCCUUCAAAAUUCCAGUACAGCAUACUCAAGGUCUUGUACAGAAAAUCCUAUCAACCAGGCAUGUACAAUUUAUUUGUGCAUGCCUGGUUGCAAUUGUGGGCUUCGCGAUCCUGUAUAAUUUUAUUGCAAAAGGUGCAUUCCUCAGUCUGCAUGGAUGUGCAGGGAUGUGCAAGGAGAGUUUCUGUUUUGAACCUAUCAUGAAUGAUGUCGGCCUGAACAAUAAGCAAUUUGGAUCUGAACCUCAUGCAGGUUCCGAAUCUGCGACAGAGGGGAUGCAGAUGUUUUGUACCACCGAAAAAGAGGAGCUGGAGCAGGUUGACUCAGCUGAUCCCUACAAGAUCCCAACAAAUACUCAGGGUGCAUGGGUAGCACCAUACCACUUGCUGUGGGAUGUGAAGCAACUUCCCGAUCUGAAAGUGCAUUUUUUGAAUCCUGACAUUCUUGACAACGAACACUGGAAAUGUGGGCAUGCGGGUCCCUUAACAGUCGACAUUAUCCUGGCUUGGGCCGCUGUCUGGAAUAGCCAUGCUGAUCACUACCCUAAAAUUUCUAAUUAUGUAGCAAAAAGGAAAAAAGCUCAUAUCCGUGUGAAAUUCACCAGUGACAAGAAAGUGUUCUCAUGGUCAACGGUCGGACGAUCGGCGUUGGACGUAGACAAAAAUGAGCCGACAAUGAUGCUCAACUUGUUUGGCAUGACGAAAGCUCUCCAGGGAAGCACGGUGAUUCAUGAAUUUGGCCAUGCUCUAGGACUGUAUCACGAGCAUCAGCGAUCCGACUUCUGGGAUGUCUUGGAACCAUUCACUAUCGGAGAAAGUCGAAUGAAGAGCGGAGAUGGUGGACGUUGCGAGCCAGCUGUUAAUGCUGUGUUCAGAGAUAAGCUGAAUGCGCCACACUGGAGUCAAAUAUCCAGUUACGACCCAGACAGUAUUAUGCACUAUUGGUUUGACACGAAAUGGUUGUUAUUGAAGUAUCAAAAUCGUUCAAAUGUGGCCAAGUAUGUGAAAGAUGAGCGAGAGAGGAAGGUGCUGUUUGGAGUACAUGACCGUGACUACUCCAAUGGGGAGUUGGCAGAAAAUCCCUCCAAGCUAGACUAUGAAACAUUGAAUAGGGCCUAUGAAGUAAUAAGCGGACAAAAGGUGCCCCUAACUACAGCUGCUGCUGGUCCCCAAGGCACUUCCCAGCAAACAAAGCCUGAAGGAUCAUCAUCAGAUGAGUAUUCAAGCAAACAAUCUAACGUCAUAGAAAUUGAGAAACAAUCAAUUGUUUUAACUGAAGCGGAUAUUCUAACAAUUUGCGAGGGUCUGAAAACUGCAAGCAAUAAUUGGUUAAUUUUAGGAUUGGCUCUCGGAGUGAAGUUAUACGAUUUAAAAAACAUCGAAAGUAGAUACCAAGAUAACAGGCGCUGCCUAAUGGAGAUGAUAAUCAAGCUUCUUGAAAUCGCUGACCCAAAACAUCCAAUCACCUGGCUCUACAUAUGUGAAUGUCUAAGGAAUAUUGAUCGUAAAGAUGUAGCCAAUCUAUUAUGUGGCUAGAUCUAGUACAUGUAUAUAUGAAAUGAAAUUGUAGUGCCAUUGGGUAUUUACCUGUUUACAUAGCAUGUACAGCUUAUUUUUCCUUCUUGUA